AUGGGUGAAAUAGUGCCUUACACCAAAACGACAGAUUCUUUCGAUGACCUUCAACACCGGUGCCAACCUUUUAUACUCGAAUGGAUAUUUGGAUUCAAUCCUCGUAUCCCGUUGGUCAACGUUACUGCAAGUCGAGAGGCUAAGGAGAUGGUUAUGGCCUCUGGCAAUGCUAUUAUAUUUUAUAAAUUCGUAAACCAAACCGAAUCGAUCCAAACGUUGGUCGGUCAUAAAAGCACAAUAAAUACGAUUACCACCGAUGGUAGCGGCCGUUUUGUGGCGUCAUCAGAUAAUGCAUACUGUAUCAAUGUUUGGGACCGGGACGCGAUUACCGAUGGAUCCCCUGUGGCCAUUCGUACUAUUUAUGAACCAUUCAAGUCAAAUGAGAUCAACGCUGUUGGAUUGAGUCACGACGCUCGAUAUUUGAUUGCGGCAUGUAGUGGAACACAAAACCUACUGAAAGUGUGGCAGUGGACAAUAGGAAACGAUAGUCCAGAUGAUUGCAUUGAAUUGCCACCUCGGUUGGGUAAAACGAAAAACAUUCGUUUUUGUACUGAUCUUGGCAAGAAGAAUCAUUUUAUAGUCACCCUGGAAAACGCUGUUAUUUUUGGCUAUUUCGAUUCGAAAAAUCAAAAACUUCACAUUGAGGUUCCCAGGAAGCAUGGCUUUCAGGAUUACAACGAUUCUGUUUUUGUUGAUGAUACGCCAAGAGCUGUUUCAGUCACGGCAGCUGGGAUGGCUAUCAUCUGGAGUGAUGACAAGAAAGUCGUUAGUCCCAUCAAGAAGCAAUUUCUCAAAUAUCUGCACCUGAAGUAUGCUUCGAUUAAUGUGAUAAAGUAUUGCGAUCAAAAACUGAUUACGGGUGAUGAUGAUGGCGAGAUUCGGUUCUAUGAUACCUAUAUGAGGAUUUUGUAUUGGUUCAAGCAAGAAGACCCAGAGCCGAUUCGAACAAUUUCUUUCAACGUUCUACCGAGAAAGUAUGUUCUGGACAAUGUUCAAGAUCGUUCAGAGGAUACUGAUGAAGAAGUGCUUUGUUUCGAGUCAUUGCCGAGAGAUGUCUCACUUGAAGGAAAUCCGGUUAUCAUAAGGAACUUUAUCAUGGCUACAAAAACAGGACACAUCUUCGACAUCGAUAUAGUGCAGAACAAAAUUCAGGAGCUGUACUAUUCGUCGGGAAGCAUCAUCACCUCGUUUGAUGUUCACCCAAAAGAAGCUCAACUAUGUUCCUGCGACGGAAAUGGCAAAAUAACGGUCUACGAUCUCAAGGAAAGACAGGCAAUUAUGAGCUUAAAUGUUCCGAUCCAGAGGACUCGACGUGGAAGAAUUACCGUCCUCUGUUAUUCGCCUUGCGGAACCUACCUGGCUGGCGGGGCAGAAAACGGUUACAUCUGGGUCGUCAAUCCAGAAACGAUGAUAAUCAGUGCAGACAGUCCCCUGCAGUACAACAGCGAAAAUAUUCGUUUUCUCAAGUUCUCUCCAGAUUCAAAGUUUUUCCUUUUUGCUGACGACGAAGGCUCAAUAGGCUUACUGCAGCGUGAAUAUGAAUGCUGGAAAUUGACUGGAAAAUGCUUAACUCACAAAAUAGUAGAUAUUCUGUUCGUUUCAAACGUGAAGUUCCUAACAAUUGGAGACGAUAGACAUUUGAUUAGAUAUACGAUCGAUUCUGGCGAGGUUUCUCGAAUGGACAAUUUAGCGAUAAGCGAUCGUUUCAAAAUAGAACAAUCAGCCCACAGUACAUCGUUUCUCCUUCUGCCAUCUGAUCAACUUUUGGUGGCAAAUGAUCAAUUCAAAUUCAAAAUAUUUAAUCUUAAAACUUUCAGCAUUUUGAAUACAUUUCUUGCACCAUUCCACGAUGGACCCAUUCGAAACUUGACGCUUCUACCUGGCGAUCAUUUUUUUGCAUUCAUGACCGAUAGGAACAUUUACAUUCAUCAACUCCCGAUCGAUGGCAACCCAUUUAAGUAUUUGGGAAUGUUUGCCCAUCCGAAGAAACUCAAAGCCAUACGGAACAUGGAAGACCAUUUCCUAUUCAGCUACGGAGAAGGUGACCACGGGGUCAGUACGUGGAGAAUCAAUGCGAUCCCAUUGAUUGAAAAUCAGAAAUACUGUGGAUCCGGUUUAGAUCCAUAUUGUUCUCUUCUCCCCGGAGGGAAAAACGGGUGCUACGUAAAAGAGAUGCUGAGUUUGUUUUUCUACAAUCAGAUAUCACCGAAGCACAAUGAAGAGAUCACGGAUAUUUCGAUACGGGAUGCCAUGGACGUUCGAGAUGUGCCUAACUACAUGAGAAGCAUAGGAUUCCACAUGACACAAUUCGAGGAGGACAAUCUGGGUAAAGAAAUCGAACAAAUGGGAAUGUUAUUUCUUACCUUCGAGGAGGUUGUGAAACUAUUCCUGAACCACCGAACAUUGAUGAACCCCGGUUGCGAAGAGAUACGGGCUGCGUUGACUUUGAUUGCAAAAGGGGUUUUCGAUCCAGUAGACCUCAAAGCAUUCAACGAACAAUUGGCAACGCUUGGCGAAAAAGUCGACUCAAAAACGAUGACUUUUUACUGUAGGACCUUGUUUCCCGAAUACACCCCUGACGAGGAGUCCGAAGGAUUUCUCGUUCCUUUGGAUGAAUUGGUGGAAAAACUGUGCUAAUAAGA